AGAAUCAGAUCGUGUUUUUUUUUUUUUUUUUUGGGUAAAUAUUCUAAUUUGGUACUGAUCAAAGUCUAGAGCUACAGUAUAGUUAAGUUGACAAAUACUUAGUCUAUAUAUACUGGACUUUGCUUUUCUUCCCCUGUGGUUUAGUAGUGUCAGAUCCCAAGUCUAAGCUAAUAAGACGGAGAUUUGGGAAUAUGAUUAGCAGUGUCGCAUCCAUAAUAUAAAGACUACACAACUAUAUAAUCCAAGCAAGCGACCUGGUUUUCUGCAUACUGAGUAGAAGAAAGCCAUGGAGUCCAUCACUGUCCACCCCAUGGAGUCCAUCAAUGUCCACCCCACCAUGCCCAACAAUAACAAGGACAUUAAGCUACACAUAACCAUGUUCCCAUGGCUAGCCUUUGGCCACAUGAUCCCAUACCUCGAACUCGCCAAGUUGAUCGCCGGAAAAGGCCACAAAAUCUCAUUCAUCUCCACCCCAAGAAACAUCGACCGCCUCCCGCCUCUCCCGCCAAAACUCUCCGCCCUAAUCACCUUUGUGAAGCUUCCACUGCCCCAGAAUCCGAACCUUCCAGAAGGUGCCGAGGCCACCGCGGACUUGCCCGAAGACCAGGUCCCCCAUCUCAAGAAUGCCUACGAUUGUCUGGCCCAACCGAUCUCCCAAUUCCUCAAAUCUACCAACCCCGAUUGGCUUCUCUUUGACUUCGCGCCUUACUGGGUGCCAGAAAUAGCCCAAACUCUCGGGAUCCCGACCGCCUUCUUCAGCAUUGUGAUCGCCGCCGCAGUGACCUUCCUAGGGCCCACCUCGCCUGAAAUACCCGCUGAUGACCGUAAAUUACCAGAGGAUUACGUAGUCCCGCCCAAGUGGGUGCCAUUCCCGGCCACCGUGGCGUGGCGAUUUUUUGAGGUGCUUCGGCUCUUUAAAGCAAUAUCCGGAGACGAAACAAACGUCUCGGUCGUGUAUCGGUUCAUGGAGACACUGCGAGGCUGCGACUUGAUCGCUGUAAGAAGCUGUGCAGAGUUCGAAUCAGAAUGGUUGAGCCUUCUACAAGUCAUACACGGAAAACCUGUUCUGCCGGUUGGUGUACUCUCCACUACGCCGAAAGCCGACGACGAAAAUGAAACGUGGCGGUCAAUAAAGGACUGGUUGGACCGGCAGAGCAAAAACACGGUGGUGUACGUGGCUUUCGGAACAGAAGCAAUGCCGAGUCAAGAGGAAGCAACGGAAAUAGCCCUAGGUUUGGAGAAGUCCGGUUUGCCCUUCUUUUGGGUGCUGAGAACCAAACACGGCGAGGAAGCGGUUAAGUUGCCGGAGAGUUUCGAGGAGAGAAAUGAAGAGCGGGGAGUGGUGUGCAGGAGUUGGGCCCCACAGCUGAAGAUACUGGCUCACGACUCGGUGGGCGUGUUUCUGAGUCAUUCGGGUUGGAGCUCGGUGGUGGAGGCGUUGACUUUUGGUAGACCGAUGGUGUUGUUACCCAUGUCAAAUGACCAGGGGUUGAAUGCGAGGUAUUUCGGGGAGAAGAAGGUCGGAUAUGAGUUGCCGAGGGACGAGCAAGACGGGUCGUUUACGGGUAAGGCGGUGGCGGAGUCGCUGAGGAUGGUGAUAGAGAAGGAGGAGGGGAGGGUUUAUAGGGACAAGGCCAAGGAGUUGAAGCCGUUGUUUGGAGACAGGGAGAGGCAAAACGAGUACGUGGACAAGUUUUUGGAGUACCUCACAACCCACAAAGGAUAUCCUAUCCUUUCAGCAUGAAGGCACGUUACUGCAUGAUUCAAACUCAAGCAAUGGUCACACACUUGUUUGAUCUCUCUCUUAAUUAUGAUAUUUUUAUUUCUUUUUGGAUGAACCUGUUUUUCACUACUAUCGAUCGUGUGAGAUUUUUUUUUGUUUUUGGGUUAAGUUUUAAGCAGCAGUGAGUGUGGAAGUACUAAUAAUCAAGUUCGUGGGAUAUAUACUUCAUUUCUUUCCUUCUUCGAGUACUUUAUGGC